GUCCAUCAUCAGCAUGUGUAGAACUCUAUCGUUCUAUAAUCAGAAUGUUGUUAAACAUAGACUGAUUACUUGGAACCAAAACACACACACGACCUUCCCGAGAUUUGACCCCGUCAUAUCUUCACUCAUAAUCAGUAAUGCUCAUAAUUGAAACUUAAAAAAACGUUCGUUCCUUGGGCUUAUCAACUUCUCGACUUUUAUAUUGAGGUUGAACGUAGAUAACUUGAAUAUAAAGAGGAUGGCUCUAUACUGGCGUUUCAGACUCGUUCUGUGUGAUUUGCAGACGAGGCUAAAGCGUGUCAACUUUGUGAUCAACUUCUGUUGGUGCCACAUAAAGUGUACUAGUGAAGUCAUUUGUGGUGUUUUUGCUUCCUGCAUCAAUUCUACAAUUCCAAAGAAAUGGCUGCUGUGAUUCCUGCUGUUACUAGAAUCUCACCUAGAGUUAUUAGAAUUCUAGGUUGUAACCCUAGCACUGAAACUCAACAGGGUACUAACACAUACAUCAUAGGAACUGGUAAAAGGCGUAUUUUAAUAGAUUGCGGAGAAGCUGACAUCCCAGAAUACAUCAACCACUUAAGAGCGGUUUUGAAUUACGAGGGAAUUGAUUUGGCUCAUAUCUUCAUCUCGCACAGCCAUGAAGAUCAUAUAGGAGGCUUGGCUGACGUUUUUGAGCACGUUAAAGAUAAAACUAAACACUGCCAGGUUUGGAAACACCCCAGCCCAAAAGACAGCGAGCUGAACAUCCCAAAACACAUAGAAAUAGAGCAUCUAAAGGAUGGCCAAGAGUUCGUUGUCGAAGGAGCGACAAUCCAGAUCUUGCGUUCACAAGGUCACACUGAUGACCACGUAGCGUUCCAUCUUUUGGAAGACAACGCUGUCUUCAGCGGUGACUGUCUGAUGGGUGACGGAAUUGCAGUUUGCGAAGACUUGUUUGACCAGUUGCAUUCUUUGGGGGAGAUUGCAAACCUCAACCCUUCUGUGGUUUACCCUGGACAUGGAAACAUCAUUCAUAACCCAAUGGACGCAAUCCACAUGUACAUCCAACAUCAAAUGCAACGAGAACGCAUGAUAAUCGAGUUUCUGCUCAACAACAAAUCCCAAUCGUUCAAUAACGAAGAUCUGGUGAGACUGGUCUUCCAGAACCUUCCGGAAAAACAAGUCAAAACAGCUUUAACCAGCAUCAAUCAUCACCUGUUGAAACUAUUGAAAGAAGACAGAGUCAGAAAAUCAAAUGGAAAAUGGCAGAUCAACGACACCAUUCAACUCGUUGCUUCGUACUAAGUAUUAAUGUGAUUUUGUCUACGACCGGGCCGUAAACUGUUCUUUCUGUGCGAUAAGUCCUACUUUUUAGCUCCCGGGAUUUUUACGCCGCAAUAACUUCAGAGCCCGCUAUCUUUAAAUCAACCAAUAAUCAUUAAUCAUAAGACUCGGCUGCAGAUAAUAAUUAUUUUAUAUCCACUUGAAGGCUAUUCUGAAUUUUUGACUCACCUGGAAUCCGGUCGGAGAGAAAAUGUUUAGGUAUCUUGGGUGUAACAGGCAUUUAUAUCAGGACGUGUUAAUUCUACGGCCACUUUACGCCCUCGAUACAUAAAUAACUAUUUUGUAAUUCUGUGAAAAGGCUGCUUAUUUUAUAGUUCAUAUUGAAUUUUAUUGUUACUGUGAUAAGAUUUUUUAUAUGAUUGUAUUGGACAUGCAUCGAUACUUAUAUGUGUAUUCUAGAAGUAGAAUGUCGGUGUGUUGGACAACAUUUUGUGUUAAGUUAUAGUGCAUUUUUGUACUUAUAUUUUUAUUUAUUGUUGCUUUAGCGACAAAUAAAAUAUAAAAAUCAUUAAAG